UCAGCUUAGUAGAGAUUGUCAGCUGUUCGAUAUAUGAAACGUUGGUAGUAUGAAUCUGUACACUGCGCUGUAUACAUAGUCACUUGUAGGAAUCGUCGACACCAAGUUCGACAUCUGUUCACAAAUCUUGUAGAAGCGUGCGCGUGCGUGUAUUUGUAUGAGCAUACGUACAAAGAAAAAGAGAAACAGAUAAAGAGAGGCAAUAAAAAUAAAGAGAGAAAAGGAUAUAAAAAGAAAUUAAGAAAGAAGUGGAUAAAGUGUUCUUACGCGGAUCGUCCGUGCGAUUUAUGCAAAAUCUCGUGCAUAACGUGGAUGUAUUGACACAAGGAUUAAAAUACAGUAUAUCAGGACUAAUGAACCUCGCAAAUCAGACUACUGAUCCUCAAAGUCGUGUUUUCUUUGUUAACUUCAAUCAGGAUUGCACAUCUUUGGCAGUAGGAUCAAAGGCAGGCUACAAACUUUUUUCUUUAAGCUCUGUUGACCAUCUUGAGAAAAUAUAUGAAAAUGAUACUGAAGACAUAUACAUUGUUGAACGACUAUUCAGCAGCAGUCUUGUGGCGGUAGUUAGUUUAAGAUCGCCUCGUAAACUCAAAGUUUGUCACUUUAGGAAGGGCACUGAAAUUUGCCAUUAUAGUUAUUCUAAUACUAUUUUGGCUGUGAAAUUGAAUAGGGCAAGAUUAGUGGUAUGUCUGGAAGAAUCAUUAUAUAUUCAUAACAUAAGAGACAUGAAAGUGCUACACACAAUUCGUGAUACUCCACCUAAUUUAGCAGGUCUGUGUACACUAUCAAUAAAUAGUGAUAAUUGUUAUUUAGCUUAUCCAGGUUCAAACACAAUUGGUGAAGUUCAAAUAUUUGACGCAAUUAAUCUUCAAGCUAAAACUAUGAUUCCUGCGCAUGACAGCCCAUUGGCAGCACUUGCAUUUAGCCCUAACGGUACCAAAGUAGCUACUGCUUCCGAAAAGGGUACUGUAAUUAGAGUUUUCCAUGUUCAUGAUGGUACAAAACUGUUUGAAUUUCGUCGUGGGGUUAAGCGAUGCGUAUCUAUAAGCAGUCUUGCUUUUAGUGUGGACUCUAUGUUUCUUUGUUGUUCAAGUAAUACAGAAACAGUGCAUAUUUUCAAGUUGGAAGAACCAAAGGAAGCAUUGCGGCAAACAACAGAAGAAUCACAAACUUGGAUGGGAUACUUAACAAAGGCUGUAUCUGCAUCAGCUAAUUAUUUACCAUCACAAGUAACUGAUGUUUUCAAUCAAGGACGUGCCUUUGCUAGCGUCCAUUUGCCAUUUCAAGGAUUAAAAAAUGUUUGUGCCAUCACAGUCGUACAUAAAGUACUUAGGUUGUUGGUGGCUAGUGCUGAGGGUUAUUUGUAUGUUUAUAAUUUGGACUCAACUGAAGGUGGAGAUUGUACAUUGCUUAAACAACAUAGAUUAGACGGUAAACGAGAUGAAGUGGACUGUGCUAGUGCGUCUACAGCAGGAUCUACAGAACCUCCUUCAGGAACGAAUACUGCACGAAUAGUACAAAAUACAGCCUGCAUAAAUAGCUACGCGGGUGUGUUGCGCGGCCGCUCGCCAGACUCCAUGUCAGAGUCAGAAAAGUAUCACGAGAUGAUAGCAGCAACUGAGAGUCCACCAGGCUUUUCGGGUUCCUUCCGUUUGAAAGAUGAUACUGAAUUUCCACCUGUUACGCAAAGGACGGAUUGAGUGUAAUAAUUGAGGCAUAUCAAAAAUUAUGAGGAUGAAUUAUAUCUCACAGUGAUUGAAAUUAGAACACUGAAUACAGGUCAACUAUGAAUCUAUAAUCAUAGCUAAUGUUGCAAAUUCAGGAAAGCAACAAAUUCUUUUUUAAUGAAAAUAUUAUAAAGAAACAGUGAUGAAUUUGUAUAAGUUAUAUAAAUACUAAAGCUAUCAUAUACCUAGAUAUUCAUAUCGUAUCAAAAGUUAAUAACUUGAAAGAAUUCUUAUGAUACUUUUAGUUUCAGUUUUUCAAGUCAGUAUUUUGUAUUAGAAUUCUAUUAUCAUCAAAGAGCAUGCAGUUGAUUUUAGAAAGUUUAGUAAUUUAAUGAUGGUUACUGCAAUGCUUAAAAGAAAAUACAUUGAAAAAAUUCAAGGUGUAAUAUGCUUGAAAAUAUUUAGCAAAAAUGUUUAACAUAAACUUAUGUGAAACAGUAUGUAGACAUUUAAGUAUUUUUACUAUGAAUUAUUAAAACAAUGUUUAUAACAAGAUACUACAUACAUUAGACAUGCAAAAAACAUUUUUUUCAGUACAUAAUAUUCUUAUUGAAUGUUUUGUACUUAUUUUUAUUGAAUUACUGUAUUUUGUAAUUAUAUAUUGUCAUAUUCUGUGUGUUCAGUGAUUAAUAAAACAACCUCUUAUUCUUUUAAGAAAUAUUAUAAAUUGACGUUUUGGGAAAAGUAUAAUACUUACAUGUUUUUAACAAGCUUGUCCAUGAAUAUUUUUCAAAAAUGGAAUAUUCUGAAAAUACUUGUGAUAACAUAUUUCAUGUUUUCUUUAUAUAUGAAAUACUUCAUAUAAUGUAAAUGUGAAAAAUAGAUUUAUAUAAACAGUUAUAUAUAAAAUGAAAUGAAUUUCAUUAUAUUUGAAUUUUUAUUCAAGUUAAAAUUAUUUUGAACAUAAAAUAUUUACAAUGCGUAUGAAGACAUCUUUUAGGAAAUAAUAUAAUUAAAUAUCAUUUAUUAAACCAAGACAUUGAAAAAAUUUUAUCUUCUUUUCAAUUAUUGUACUUUAUUCAGUGUAUAAUAAUGCAAUUGUUAUAUAUUUAGUAUGUUUUCAAUAGUCUCAUUUAUCAAAAAAUUGAAUGGAUUCCAUUAUUUUUCAUGUUUUUCUUAAAGUAAAAUAUCUAGUUGAAAAUAUUUUAUCAGUUUGUUUAAAUAUUUUUCUAUAUAUAGUAUCAAUCAAUUUUUAAAUUUAUUAUAACCUUAUAUGUAUUAUGCAUAAUGAAAGAUUGUGGCAUUUCUGAAGGUAUAUUAUAAAUUCCAAGUAGUUUUCCUAUAUUGUGUUAGUUUUAUGACGUUUUUUUUUUGUUAUAUUAUCAGUUCCACUUAUAUAUUUCUGCACUUUGCUUGCUCUCUUUAUAUUUAUUCUAAACUUAAUAUUUGUCUUUACUUUUGAAUGUUUAAAAUAAUAGAACAAAGCAAAAUUCAGGAUAUUAUAUUUACAUAUUUGUAAUUAAAAAUUUUUAUAUGACACAGAUCUUGUGUUGUCUGUUAUCCUUGUUAUUUCAUUUAUUUUCGGUAUGAACUGUUUUAAUUCAUUUGAUACAUUCACAUAUCAAGUCUAAAACAAUAUUAUAUACUGUCUAUGACUUUACAUGUUUGUUUAUAAUUUUGAAAAUACAUAAGCAAUAAAAUUUUGUUCUCAUUUUAUAAUAUAUGCUUUAAUCUAAGGAUGAAGACAACAUAGUUAUUUAAAACAAUAAUAUUAUUUUAAAAAAUAGGUAAUAAUCUAUGUAAUUAUUAAUUCAAAUACUGUAGACCCAUAAUGUCUUUCGGUGCUUUUGUAUGAACGUAAUGUCUUGUUUAGUAAAUAAUUUAACUUUUAUAAAAAUAAGUAAUGUUAAAAACAAGUGUACAUACGCAUAUAUAAUAAAUUUUUAAGUACUGACAUUGCAUAUAAAACUUCUUACGAAUAUAUGUAAUUAUAAUGA